UUCAAACUAUUAAAGUUGAGUGAUAUACCUAAAUUAUUUUUAGCAGUUUUAACUUUUGUGUCGUACCUAAGUAAAUCAUAAUAUAGGUACCCAAGUAUUCCAAGUGUCGAAAUAUUUAAAAUUUGUUUGGAUUAAAGUGCAUAUAUCACGAUGAAACUCGUGAUGUCUGUGGUCGUAGUGAUAUGCGUAAUACUACUUUUAGUGACAAAAAUCGACUGUAGAACGAAAACUUCGACGCCCUCGAUACACAGCAGCCGCGUGGUAUCAACCGCAAAAGUUUUGACCAGUUCGUGCGCCGUAAUCGAAGAAGGUGUUCCUGUGUGCCAAGAUCCGGAAGAGGAUAACAAGUUCGCGACGCGAACGCCGUACCUGCAGGACAACUGGUUCGACUACGGUGCUCGAGACUUCGACAGGAAGCCCGCGACGGAGGGUGGAAGUCGUCCCUUGGGCUGGUGGUGGCGUUUCAUCAGCGUACUGAAGCGGAAUCUCGAGAAAAAAUCAUCGCCGACGACUACCGCGGUUCUGAGCGACGCGUCCCAGAUACCGGAAACAAUCGUCACGUACUCGAUUAAGGGUUGCAGCCCGACGAUAGUGCCGUUCGAUUUGUCGCCUUGUAGCAACUUAUCACCGGAUGUGCCGCAGCCUGUCAGCACCACUCGGGUAAUCUACUACGUGCCGCCGACGUCGCGAAUCGACACAUACAAUCCAUCCGACUUUGACCAAUGAAUGAUGUGUGCCAUUGCUACAGUCAUCCAUA